GGGGGGCAACACAUCCCUCUCACUUAGGGGAAAGCACGCGCCGCCGCAGUAGCGAGGGUCGAGCUGCUGCGAAGGAAGCCGCUGUCUCCGGCCGGAGCUUCGGAGGCUUGCAGGCCGAACAGUCUACUGGUUGGUGCUUAGACCCCUGCCGCGGCGGCGGGUCCCACCACGUGCUUUCGGCGGCGACAUGGAGCUGGAGGAGUUAGGGAUCCGAGAGGAAUGUGGCGUGUUCGGGUGCAUCGCCUCAGGAGAGUGGCCCACGCAGCUAGACGUGCCACAUGUGAUCACUCUGGGACUCGUGGGGCUGCAGCACCGGGGUCAGGAGAGUGCUGGUAUUGUGACCAGUGAUGGAAAUUCGAUACCCACAUUCAAAACACACAAGGGAAUGGGUCUUGUAAAUCAUGUAUUUACUGAAGACAAUUUGAAGAAAUUAUAUACUUCAAAUCUUGGAAUUGGACACACAAGGUAUGCCACUACAGGAAACUGUGAAUUAGAAAAUUGCCAGCCCUUUGUUGUUGAAACACUUCAUGGAAAAAUAGCUGUGGCACAUAAUGGCGAAUUAGUUAAUGCUGCACGCUUAAGGAAAAAGCUUCUGCGUCAUGGUAUUGGUCUGUCAACAAGUUCUGAUAGUGAAAUGAUCACCCAGCUACUGGCUUAUACCCCUCCUCAGGAACAAGAUGACACCCCAGACUGGGUAGCAAGGAUUAAAAAUUUAAUGAAGGAAGCACCCACAGCAUACUCUCUGCUUAUAAUGCACAAAGAUGUGAUUUAUGCAGUCCGAGAUCCCUAUGGAAAUCGUCCUCUAUGCAUUGGUCGUCUUAUUCCUAUUUCUGAUAUAAAUGAUAAAGAAAAAAAAACAUCAGAAACGGAAGGAUGGGUGGUGUCUUCAGAAUCUUGCAGCUUUUUAUCUAUCGGUGCAAGAUAUUAUCGUGAAGUCUUGCCUGGAGAAAUUGUGGAAAUAUCCAGACAUAAAGUCCAAACUCUUGACAUUAUACCAAGGUCUGAAGGAAACGCAAUGGCUUUCUGUAUCUUUGAAUAUGUUUAUUUUGCAAGACCAGAUAGUAUAUUUGAAGACCAGAUGGUUUACACAGUAAGAUAUCGUUGUGGUCAGCAGCUAGCCAUUGAAGCCCCUGUGGAUGCAGAUUUGGUUAGCACUGUCCCAGAAUCUGCUACACCUGCUGCUCUUGGUUAUGCAACAAAGUGUGGGCUUCCAUACGUGGAGGUGCUAUGUAAAAACCGGUAUGUAGGAAGAACAUUCAUUCAGCCAAACAUGAGGUUAAGACAACUUGGUGUUGCGAAAAAAUUUGGAGUACUGUCAGACAACUUUAAAGGAAAAAGAAUUGUUCUUGUAGAUGAUUCAAUUGUGAGAGGCAAUACCAUCUCACCCAUAAUCAAGUUACUCAAAGAAUCUGGUGCAAAAGAGGUACAUAUUCGCGUAGCUUCACCACCAAUUAGACAUCCAUGCUUCAUGGGAAUAAACAUACCAACGAAAGAAGAGCUUAUUGCCAAUAAACCAGAAUUUGAGCAUAUUUCAGAUUAUCUAGGAGCAAACAGUGUUGUAUAUCUGUCAGUAGAAGGACUGGUUUCAUCUGUACAAGAAGGAAUAACACUGAAAAAACAGAGAGUGAAAAAGCAAGACAUUAUGGUUCAAGAAAAUGGGAAUGGUCUGGAAUGUUUUGAAAACAAUGGUCAUUGUACAAAGGAAGAUAUUAUGAUUCAAGAAAAUGGGAAUGGUCUGGAAUGUUUUGAAAAGAAUGAUCAUUGUACAGCUUGUCUGACUGGAAAAUACCCUGUGGAAUUGGAAUGGUAGCUGCCAGGGGCAGACAUCAUAUUUCAGGACACAAAAGCUGGUGAAGAAGUUGUAGUGGUUAUACCUUCAUUUACUGUUACUCAGUUGGUACAGUGUGAAAUGCCACAUGCUUGUAAGUUCUGAGAUUUUUUUUUCUGAAAAGGAUACCAAAUUGCUAUGAUUUAUUCAGUAAUCCUGGAUAAAUACUUUGGUAUUACAUAGGAACUUGGAUGAUCCUUUCAGUUUUAUUCAGUACUGUUAUUUUUUAGAGAUCAUGUACAUUUCAGAUCAUCAGCAGUAAUGUAGCAGAUAGGUGAAUUUCUGUUUUAGAGAGGAUUGCCAGGUAUUAUACUCUCACAGGUUGUUAGGAAAUUUUGUGGAAUGUUUAAGAGUUACUGAAAUUCAUUUAUGGAAUAUUUUCAUGGAGAAGGAAAUGGCAACCCACUCCAGUGUUCUUGCCUGGAGAAUCCCAGGGACGGGGGAGCCUGGUGGGCUGCCGUCUA